UUUCUUCCUGGCUCAUUUGAUCAUCCUCCUUGCAAUCCGGCUGAGAAGAUUUCAAGUGGUUACAAGUGCUGGGAGUUCCUUCAUUACAUCUAUGGGCUUGGUCCUGGUCUUCUGCAUGGUAUUCUUUCUGACAGAUGCUGGCAAAACUUUUGCAAACUUGCUGCUAGCGUGUGGAUUAUAUUCCAGCUACACAUUCCCUAUAGUCAGUUGCUCAAAGCAUCAACCUUGCUGGCAGAUUUUGUGCAUGACUUCAAAGUUCUCUAUGUCAAGUGCAAAGUCUCUUGCCUUCACUUUGUCCUGCAAUGCAUGUACGCUCUUACACACGCACCCAGUGCCACCUUUCAAUUAGGUCCUCUUGGCUGUUCAUCACAGUUUCCCAUGGAGUGGACCAUGGGAGACCUGGGUGCUGAAAUUAAGCAACCAUUGAACUCAUUUGCUAAUCUGGCUGAGCAUGCGCUGCAUCGAGCAUAG